UAAGUAAGUAAGUUGUUUGUUAUAGUGACAUGUGCACAACACACAUUCUAUUCACAAUACAAAUAUAAAUGAUGAUAACACCCGGCCCAUCGGGCCUAUAAGUCACCUUAAUGUUAACAUUUCUCAAGCAUUAAUACAUAUAUUAACAUAUAAAUAUGUAAGUCGCGGCGCUGUUUCUCUUAAGCAAAUAGUGUGUACUAUUAAAAAAUAAAAGUAAUCAUAAUAAUUUCCAGAAUACAGAACAGUUAACGUGUUUAUUUAACUUCCUUCAGUUAAAUGAGGAUACUUGGUCGUUUAUACAAUGUUAAGUAUGUGAAUGUUAUAAAUUGCCACACUUACAUUCAAGUUAGUCCAAUUAUAUACCAUAUAUUGAGUUUAGUCCAAGCUAUUCUGAAAACAACAUAUUAAUUGCAUGUACUUAAAAUUACUAUUUAGACAAAUAUCACUCAUCGCCUGGUAAAAUAAUGCUUGUGAUAUCGAUGUAUUUCUUACUUGAAGUUCUUAAAAUGAAAACCCUCAUUAAACAAUACGAAAUCCGUAUACGCCUUAUCACUCAAUACGUUUGUGCUUUAAACAUAUAUUUUAUAUUUACAUGUACAUUUGUAUAUAUUAAAACGCUAUCCUUGUUAUAUCCUAUGUGUAUAUAUGUUGUACUCCUCAUUAAUGGAGGAUACAAAAAUAUAUUUAUCUAUCUGUAUCAAAUAGAACAAAUACAUUUGGCUGAGGAAUGGACGCAUGGGACAGUUACAUUUGAGAACCACUUGACCAUUGGUUGACAAGGUAACCGCUUUCUUAAAAAACGAACUUCAAGGACAUACUUUCCCAGUAGAAAGUCAGCAUAGACACAUUAUUGAGCAAGAAAUCAUUCUGUAAGAACGAUGUAACGAAAUGAAGAAGUGUUCCAACCCGGAAUGUGGGUUGGAGGUGGAGACGAAGUUUUGUCCAGAGUGUGGGUGUGAAACGAUUGACACUCCAAUCAACCAUCUCUCGUCCUCUAUUAUCAUCAUCUGUGAUGGUAAAAAUAAAAGCGGUUCUCCUUGUAGAGCCGAACUUAGGACAACACAGAAGUUCUGCACCAGUUGUGGAAAACAAGUUGAUGUUAAGUUGUUUGAAGUCCAAUCGCCUGAUAUAGAAAAGUGUGGGAGAUGUGGAACUGCACUUUCACCAGGAGAACAAUUCUGUCCUGAGUGUGGAUUGGACGUCGAACCAAUCACAAAGCAAGCAGUUGAUGCUCAAGAACUACAGGCAAGUGUUGUGGACAAGUCUAACGGUAUCUUUGUGACAACACACAGUGUUGGUGAAAGUCAGAAUGAUGUCCAGCAGCUACAAUCUGCCCCUAAUCAUUCCCAACCUCCCACAUCAGAGCAGACUGAAGGACACGAUUUAAGCACUGAAAUUAAGUGGACACCGUCAGAAAUCCUAGAUUCAGCCACGGACAUUGAACAUUUAUGUGUUGAAGAUCCAGGACAAAGGUUACAAAAUCAGCAUGGGCCAGAGGCAGAUAGACCAAGUGAAGAGAGAAUUCUGCAAGGGGAGACGUCGAUUCCUGAACUGAAGGAAGAACACCCCCAACCCAAUGAAAAGGUCGAUUCGGCCGGCCGAAAAGCAACAAACAACACUGCAAACGAUGCAAUAAAUAUAUCUAAUCUUCCAAGGGGCAAUCAAGUAUGUAUUGUCAACCUAGAUGAUGGAAUCGAUGAAAGUAAACAGGAAACGUUAAUGCAAGAUGGUCCUGGUUGUAAGAUAGAUGAAGCAAAUACAAUAGCAAACAUAAAUGAUAGUAACUGUUUGCCACCAAAUGAAAUUAAAGGAGGAGAUUUAUUAAAACAGUCAGAUAUUCACAAAGAUAGUGCUUCAGCUGAAGUUGGCCAUACAAAAGCUGGAAAUGAUACAUCUGAAAGUCAGCUCGAUGAGCUUUUAAAGGAUACACACUUAACUCAUGAUGAAACAAAAAAUGAAGCCUCAUGUAGUGAAGAAAUACCAAACGAUGAAUCAGAUAAGGAUGGUGAAGGCUCCGAUGAUGACUCCACUUAUUCGGACAGUAGUAAAUCAGUUGUUAAAGAUGAUGACACAGAAGAGACACAACAGAUGGCACAUGGCAAAAAGAGAACUAAAGGAAAUCUUAACAGAGGGACAAAAGCCAAAAGGAUGAAAAAGAGGGAAAAAAAGAAAGAAAAACAUUUAAAGAAACACAGUUUGUCUUCUGAUAAAAAGGACGAAGAAAAUACAGACAGAACAACAAGGAACAAGACAAUGGCAGAAAGGAAGAUGUUGGAACAAGCUAUUUUCAAUGCUAUAGACAAUGAAAGUACAGAUUCAAAUGCAGAAAAUCAGGGUAUUGCAAAUCUACAACAACAGGAGAUGGUUUUUGGGAAAAGAAACACACAGUCUAGCUCAUUUAACACAAAUAUUGAUACCAGUGAUAAAGAAAUUGAAGGACGGAACAUGGCUAGUUUCUUUAAGGACAUAACAAAAAGCAAUGUUUCAGCAGAGCACAAUACACACAGCAGUCCAGACACGCAGAAGGAUGAACAGCUGGACAGCUCGAAACAAAUUAAUGCUUCUCCAAAAUCACAUUCCUCAUCUUCACAAACAGGAACACAAACAAAUGGAGACUCCAGCAAUACAAAAAAGAAAAAGGAGCAGGUAGAUAUACUUGUCAAUCAAGAAAGCAGGGAUCGGAAAGCUAAAAACAAGAUAACAGUUGUUUUUCAUGUACUCGUGUCCAAGGAUUUCUUGAGUGGAGACAGAGACAACCUCUUUUUAAAAAUUGACGAAAGAUUUGGUGGAUGGAACACUUACAAACAUCAACCAAAGCCUGUCAGGGAGUUGAAAGAAUAUGUUGAGUAUGAAUACCAUUUGCAAUUUGAUCGUGACGAAAUCAUUGAAAGAACCACAGACUACAAAUACUGUGUGCGUCAGCAUGAUGGGAAAUGUCUUUAUGAGCACUAUGUGGAUCAUAUACAUGGCAAUCAUAACAGAAAACUAUUUUUGGAAAGAAAACUGGUUGGAAAGAAAGAUGAGUGGCAUCAGUUUGAUGGAAUGGCUCUUCCGAAGCCUAAUGACAAUAUUUUCCAAAGGCAAUUUGAUCGUGUUAUGGGAACAUUCAGAAAAGAAGCUGAAGAAAGGGCCUUGACAUUUGCAUCAGAAUUUGCUCCGUUUUGGUUUCAGCAAAAGUUUAACUUGGAAGAGUUUAAAGAGACAUUUCAGAUAUCAUUAGAACGCUUAGAAAUGUUAAUAACUGGUCUGAGAAAGGUCUACCAACGUGAUGCUAGAUGUUGGGAGAGUGAGGAAAAAUAUCGAAAUCAGAUUUGUAGACAUUUAUUUCAACCCUUGAUUGAUCAGCUGACCAGUGAUAAAUAUGGAUCAAGGUCGUUUAGGUUGCUUAGAGCUCUGGCAAUAAUCAUUGCUUGCAACAGAAUUCAAGUUGGCUUGGACCAGAGUGCAUGGCAGAUACUUUGUGCAAAUGCGAUGGUAACACCAGAUCCAACAAACAAGAAAUAUGCAGAAGUGGAUGACAUAAGGAACUUUUUUGACUUGAGUGCCUUGAAACCAGCCCUGAUUAAUGUCAUUAGGAAUGUUGUGAUGUUUGGCAAAGAUCCCUCUUGGAUGUUUUGUUUGCCAUUGCUGCAUUUUACGUCCAAACUGUGUGAACCGUUUGAAGAAAUGGUGACAAAUUUGACUCAUGCAGCAGUGACGCCAACGUGGUGGGGUAUUGCAGAUAUUGAAACUGAAGUGGUAGCAUUUCAGAACACACGUAAUAAAUGGAUAACGUCAUUGCAAUACAUGCUUUUAACCCUUGGACCGCUUUUUGAAAUGGACUUCUACCUACCUAGGAGUAUAGUUGCAUCGCUGACUGUUGAAGAGAUUUUCUCAGUAAUAGAUAAUAAAGUUAUUCCUGCGGAGGUCUGUUGUGCGACAUUACUUCAUUGGAUGAAAGCUACAAAUCCAGAACACUUUAGCAACAAGUACUUGUACGAAGAAUAUAAAGGUGCAGAAAAGCUUGUGACCCAAUGCUUGGCGAAAGUUCUGAAACGUAUGCAGACAGCCGACGACGAAUCUGCACAAAAUCACAGGACUCCGGCAAGUUUUGGAAUGGCAUAUUGCAUUGCAAGAGAACUUGUUGAUUGUGCUGUAACAAGAAAUAGAAUGCAAAAGCUGAUGCACUCAUUGCACAUUUUUCUGCAGUGUCUGUCAUUUUACAGCAAACUUGAAACAAAAGGCAAUGAAAACAAAAAUGACAUAGAAAAUGCCGUUGAUACUGUGGAAAAAGAGGUUCUCCAUUGGUGUGAACACUAUGCCAGUUUCUAUAAUUGUAUCUCGCUGAAGAAUCUUAAGGUUUGGGAAAGUGCCACUACAGGAAAAUUGAGUAAUAAUGACCUUGAAGUCAACUGGAAUGAACGAAUUACAAGGGCUUUGCAGCGAAGAAUGGAGAUUGCACUGACCACAAACAUUAACCGGAAGAAAGACUUCAUACGUAUCUACUGCGCUGAAGUUGAAACAUUCAAUACAACAAUGAAAGGGUGUCUUACUAACAUUGCUGUGAAGGCAAUAGAUGAAGGAUAUAUGAUUGAGUACAAAGACUUUGGCUCAUCAGAGAAAGAAAGGUUUCGAGAUCUUCUCUCCGACUUGUUCCGACAACGAUGGCGAACAGAGAUUACCAAUGAAACGCUAGAGGCGAAGGACCUGCAUAUUUUCAAGAUGGCUAUUUCUUGGCCCCCUAUUCAACUUUUUGUUCGAAACCAAAAUGAAGAAGACACCAGUGUGUCAUUACUGACCGCUGACUGCAAGGAACAUCUCCAGGUUGCCACAGCGAUGGUUGAAAGUCACUGGGAGACACUGGAAACCGGAAAUAUCGAAAUUGGCAUUUUGAAAAUGAUCAGUGAAUAUUCGGUAGGGUUCUCAGACACACUUUCCUUCAUCCGACCAAACGAGAAGGGAUUGAAAGACAAAGUCUUAUAUACACUCAAGAUUCGAAUGCAGGAACUAGAAGCUUUCAAUAUCCAGAGUAGACGAAUGGCAGUGUUUGUGAAUCAUUGUCAGCAUGUGACCCCGGGAAAAGUUGAUACCAAAUCGAUCGAUGAAGUUCUGCAGAAAACGACAAAGCUGGAAAAGCAUUACCUUAUGGAAUUCUGUAAACCAAAGCCAGUGCAAGACGUUGAUGGAAACAUUGAAGCAGAUCUUAAAGCAUUCAAUGUUGAACCGGAUGUUUUGGACAUUCUACCUACACUUGAAUGCUUGGCUGAGGGAUUUGUGUUCAAAAAAAUAUGGAGAGAAACAUGUUCGGGUACAACAGAGGUUUGUGAGACUCCUCUUGAUGUUGUCAAUGUGGUAUGGAAGCAUGCUCUUAAAAGAUGGAAAGAAUUCUGCAAACAGUUGGAUACAGGAGAAUUGGAAUUUGCACACGCAGAAAAAAUGUUUGGGAUAUUGAAAAACAACGAUCAAGAGCUUUUGCGGGAAAUGCAAAAUUUGAUAUCGAAAGAAAAAGCUAGUAAACGGAUCAAACAAAUAAAGCAGAACAGGCAGCUGUCUGAUUGUGUGGAAGGUGCAAAGAUCAUUUUGAAAUUUCAGAAACAGUAUCGGCUACAAGGAGAUUUCCAGGCUAUCAAGAAUAUUGCCACACAUUCUAAAAAGAGCUUCGCACUUCGGGAUUUUGACAGUGCUUUGAUGAAAACCUGUGAAAUUUUAAAGGAUGUCACACAAAAGGAAUCUAAUUGCCUGGAUGCUUUCGUCAAGUCUGCUGAACUGGUUAAAUGGCUGAAGGAAUCCAUGUGUACAUCUGGACAAAAAGAAUUGAAAGUGUUUGUUGACCUUGCGAUGAUGUCUGCGGGCGAGGAACCAAUGAACAUUGGAAAAGUCCAGUGCCUGCACUCAGCUGUUCUUGGAUACUCACCUCUUAUUUUUGAAUUGGAUGCGACAAAGUGUGACUUCAGAAAGCUUCUGGACAUGUGUAAAGUAGUCUGGAAGGAACUGGCUGUGAAUCCAAAUCUACCCCAACAGUUGCUGGAUACAAACAGUGAGCUAGAAUGGCUGAAGGAUAUCAAGAAAGCACACGGUUCAGUCGAGGUGACAUCUCUCAUGCAAGCAGAUGCCAUCAACGCAGAUGGUAUUUACACCGUGGGGAAAGGAGCGUGGAAAGGUUCAGAGUUGUCCGAUAUGAUAGUGAAAGAUAUUAUAAAGCUAACGGUGCCUGAAAAAGAAGGACAACGUCAACUGAGGCGUUACACAUUUGACCAUCUACAGGAUUUACAGAGCCGACUGAUGCUCGUUGCCGGAAAAUCAGACUCAUCAUCCGUCAAACCAACGGCGGACAAAAAAAGUGAAGUGAAUGUAGACAGGUUUACAAUGAUAUUUGACAGCAUGACCCGUUUGGGAAUUGUUUACCUGAAACUCUGCUCGUCUGGUUGUGUACUGUUCAAUGGCUGGAAUGCAAACUUCGUAUGUUCCCCUGGACAUGAUAGACCGGUGUGUGCGACACUGGAAUUCGGAAAAGGGAAAUAUAUUCCAAAACUGAAAGGUCGAAGGUCAGAUACUGAAGCGCUGGAAGAUAUGGUUCCCAAGAUUGCUGAAUUUAUGGAGAAGUGUUACGGUGAAUGGCUCGAGUUCAUAAAAGAGAAGAGGAAGAUUUAUCUUUACCUGAACUUCUUCACCAUAGCUCAGCUUGUGAUAUUGCAACGAGAGCUCGUAAAAAUGGGGACAGACGAGGAACCAUCACUAAGAAUUUACCACCUCAUGUCUGCUGUGAAAGAAAACUGCACGCAAGAAGACGUAGUACUGGCCAUGGAGAAAGCUAAAAGGCAAUUAUUUGGGCGAGACAAUGAACCUGAAGAGACAAUAGAUGAAAUAGACAAUCAGGAGGAAAUGAGUGCCUUUGGUGAUGAGAAGAUCGCUAGAUUUGUCCGGGAGUUGGUAGAGGCCGGGUGUGAUGAAACAGUUGCUAGGAAAUCUGUUCAUAUUGUGAACCAGGAAGAUAUUGACGAGUGUGAUGUCACAGAAGCCAUGAUUUGGUGCAUGGACCAAACUGGGGAAGCAAAUGAAGACGGUGAGAUGAAUCAAUACGAUGUUAAAGACUUACAACAUACCAAUCCUAUGUUUUCUGGGUGGAGUCACACAAAAACAUCAAUCAGCUCUGUGAUCAAGCAAUCUGUCACCAGUGUUGGGCAUGAAAAGAAAACUGGUGUAAAACCACUGAUAAAUGAUCUGACAGAAUUGUGGAAAAACUUCCUUGGCUCGAUCUCAUCGAAUAUCAGUGAUUAUUUAAGUCUGGAACAUUUGGGAAUCAUCCUCAACAUGCUUGCUGAGACAGACAUGCGGAAUAUCACAAGAAACAUGCCGCCAGUGUAUGUGGAACAGCAGCCGAACCUCGUUGUUUGCCCAAGCGAUGAAGUUCUACGUGUCGCACUGUCAAUCUACAUGCACGAUUCUGAGCAACCCCUGCCGCAGUCCGAUGAAGUCCUCGUGUGUACCUCAGACACCACAGCAGAUGAGGUGAGCAUAUUUUGGCGACGGGCGAUAUAUGACAGCUCUGGUAAAAUUCACUGCCUCCUCUACGCAGAUCUGCUGGAUUUUGAUGUCAGCGAGGCAGCGGAACAGUGCCUGGAAGAGCUUCUGUUGGAUAUUCAGCACUCUCAUGAUAUCAAGUACCGCUUGUUUGUGAUAUGUGGAUCAGACAACGAAUAUCGAUCGACGAUUGUAUCGUAUCUGGAGAAAUGUGUCAGGCAUGUUGGUCCUGUCAAUGGACGCCAAUUAAAAGAAUAUGUGACUCGUCAUUUGGAGGCUCCGGCAUUUUGUGACAAACCAUGUGCAGCCAUGGUAGAUUUUAAAAGAUCAACAGUGCGUGUUAUAAAAUCAACCAGAGCCGGGGUUGGUAAAACAUUGUUUGUAAAUCGGAAAGAUGAGGAAGUGCAAGCUCAGAUACAUCGUAAAAACAAGUGGAUUGACACACAAAAAGUGUCGAUACCUCUGCAGGAAAAAGUGAUCAACUUGCAUAAUUUCACGCAGACACUUCUGGAGCACACGCCAGACCCACGAAAGCAGUCCGCACGAAUAUUCCAUCUUAAUAUGAACCAUGAGGUCCAGGAAGGUGUGGACUACAUGUUGUUCAACCUGCUGAUUCUUAACUGUUUGGUCGACAAGUCGGGAUACGUCUGGCGGAGAUCCGUGCAUGAUUUGUAUCUCAUAGAAGCAAUGCCGAUUAUGUUCCAAGCAUCUGAUGGAAAUGAUAAAGAAGCCCACUAUGUACAUCCGGUGUUCACAUUAUUUCCGGAUUCGACCUGCCGCUCACCUGUUGAAAGCCUGCAAAUAUAUUCUGACAGAAAUGCUCUGCAAGAUUUUAUGCCAACGGACCAGCUUUUCGAUGAAAAGCAGUUCCGGAGUCCUGUAUUCCAGCGAACGUUCCAGUACCUGUUGAGGCUAGAUCAGCAGCUGACACUGGACUCUGUCAAUCCACUUGAACCGGAAGGCGAUCCCAAAACAUGCCUGGUGGUUCUGCUCAGGCAUUGUGGCGUACGGGACCCUUCCUGGUCAGAGUUAAACCACUUUGUCUGGUUCCUGAACACUCAGCUGGUUGACUUCGAACAGAACCAGUUUGUAUCUGUGGCCGCGGCCGAGGACCUACCAGGGUUCGGAAUAUUUGUCUUGAGAUUUCUGAUUCAGAUGUCUAGGGACUUUUCUACACGAUCGUUGAGCAUGAGUGAGGAAUCCCCUGGGAUGAUUCAACAAGACGCCAUUGACACCGAGGAUGAAGAUGAGCUAGAGCUUUACCAAAUGCGUCGAACAUGGGAAUCUAGUCCUCAUCCGUACUUGUUUUUCAAUUCGGACCGUUUCACUUUUACGUUCCUGGGGUUCUAUAUCGACCGCAAUACAGGCAACCUAGUUGACCAACAAACCGACGACAUAUUAGAACAAAAAAUCAUGAGCCAGCAACUGUACGACUCCUUGGUUCGCAACCGUGCACCAAUCAGGGAGAAUUUUGAUGCAUUGCCCAGAGAUCAGAAAAUCAUGAAGCUGUGCAGCAUUAUGGGCGUAGAAUUUCCGCAUGACCCUGAUUCCACGUACGAACUUACCACUGACAAUGUGAAAAAAAUCAUGGCCAUCUAUAUGAGAUUCAGGUGUGACAUCCCUGUAAUAAUCAUGGGUGAGACAGGUUGUGGGAAAACACGCCUCAUCAAGUUUAUGUGUGCCCUACAGUCACCGCCUGGUGUCGAUGUAAAGAACAUGAUUCUGAUGAAGGUACACGGAGGAACCACAACCGAAGAUAUCGAACGGAAAGUGAACGUGGCAGAAGUCGCUGCAAGGGUGAAUAUUGAAGAAUAUGGCCGCCAUAUGUACACAGUCUUGUUCUUUGACGAGGCUAACACAACGGAAGCUAUUGGACUUAUCAAGGAAAUCAUGUGUGACAAAUCUAUAGCUGGGAAGCGAUUGGCGCUUUGUGAAAAUCUAAAAAUUGUAGCUGCCUGCAAUCCUUACAGAAAACAUUCCGAUGAACUGAUAAAAAAGUUGGAGCAAGCCGGCCUGGGAUAUCACGUUGAUGCCGAUGAGACGACUGACCGACUAGGGCGCGUACCGAUGAGGAGACUGGUGUAUCGUGUGCAACCACUCCCACAAAGCUUACUGCCCCUGGUCUGGGACUUUGGACAACUCAACACACAGAUCGAGGAACUUUACAUCAGGCAGAUGGUCCGGAGAUACAUAUAUGAUGACAGACUCCCAGAUAUUCCAAACUUGAUUGAAGUCGUCAGCCGCAUUCUGACAGUGUCGCAAGUCUAUAUGAGGGCGCAAAGGGAUGAGUGCAGUUUUGUGUCACUGCGAGACGUAGAAAGAGUAUUGACAGUGAUGGCUUGGUUUUAUGACCAGGGUGAGGACGGACGCUCGCUCUUUGAGAAAAUGGACAGGAAGGUUAUUGGGAGUGAUGAUCAACCACGUGAUGACAGCGAUGAAGAGGAGGAAACAGAAGAUGAAGAGAUAUAUUUGGAUCAGGGACUUGAUAAUAUCACGAGAGCUCUCGUCCUGGCCCUUGGUGUGUGUUACCAUUCCUGCCUGAAGACGAGACAAGAGUACAGACAGGCUGUUGUGAGGCAUUUCCGCCAGCCGUUCAACCUCCAAGGCGGAGAAGCUCAGAUGUUGGAGGAAAUUGAACGAUGCCAGGACGUCCUUCUGGAGAAUGUUUCUUUGGAGGAAAACAUUGCACGAAAUACUGCUCUGAAAGAGAACGUCUUCAUGAUGGUUGUUUGUAUCGAGCUCAGAAUACCUUUGUUUCUUGUUGGGAAACCUGGAAGUUCAAAGUCAUUGGCAAAGACAAUAGUAUCAGAUGCCAUGCAAGGGAACAGCGCUAAACAUGAUUUGUUCAAAUCGCUUAAGCAGGUUCAGAUGGUAUCGUUCCAAUGUAGUCCGCUGUCGACCCCGGAUGGCAUUGUAGGAACUUUCAGACAGUGCGCGCAGUUCCAGAAGGAUAAGGAUCUGCAGACAUUUGUGUCAGCUGUUGUUUUGGAUGAAGUUGGGCUUGCUGAGGAUAGCCCAAGAAUGCCAUUAAAGACGCUCCAUCCACUUUUGGAAGAUGGUUGCCAGGGCGAUGAGGAUCCAGAACCAUUUUUGAAGGUUGCCUUCAUUGGUAUAUCUAACUGGGCAUUAGAUCCAGCGAAAAUGAACCGGGGAAUUCUCGUCCAGCGAGAGGUCCCAGACCUGGAGGAACUCCAGAACAGCGCUCGUGGAAUCUGUGGAAGUUCUGAAGACCUAGGAAAUUUGAUAGAACCUUUAUCAAAAUCCUACCUGGAUGUGUUUGCACAGGCGACAGAGAAAAUGAGAGAGUUCUUCGGGUUAAGGGACUUUUAUAGCUUGGUUAAAAUGGUAUACAACUUCGUUGAGAAAUCUCAUAAGCCACCAACUUGGUAUGAAAUGCUUCAUGCUAUACUGCGAAAUUUUGGUGGAUUGGAUCAAGUUAACCCAGAGGAAAUCUUCAAAAAGCAUUUAGCACGUGUGAUUUCAUGCAAUACAGAGAUACGCAGAUUAGGAGACCCCGACUGUUCACCUGCUGGUCUUAUACAAGCUUGCCUCUUUGACACGCACAAAACAGGAAGUGAAAGUCGAUACAUGCUUCUGCUGACGGAAAACUUUGGAGCGGUGUCUAGCAUCCAGCAGCUCCUUCAAACCAAAGGCAAUGAAAUACGACCAAUCACAAUCUUUGGGAGCAGUUUCAGGAGUGAUCAAGAAUAUACACAGGUAUGCAGAAACAUCAACAAGAUCAAGGUCUGCAUGGAAACGGGGAACACCGUUGUCCUUCUCAACCUAGAAAACCUGUAUGAGAGUCUAUAUGAUGCCCUUAACCAGUACUACGUAUACUUCGGCGGUGAGAGAUACGUCGACCUUGGACUCGGGACACACAGAGUGAAGUGUCCUGUUCAUAGAAACUUCAGGCUGAUCGUAGUUGCUGAAAAACAGACAGUGUAUAAAAAAUUCCCGAUUCCGUUAAUAAACCGCUUGGAAAAGCAUUUCCUUACUGUCAAAACCACUUUGAAUGACAGACAGCAACGGCUUGUGUCGGAGCUAGAAAAGUGGGCCAGCGACUUCGCCAGUCAAACAGAUGGCACUUGUUACACAGCGAGAAAUAUCAAGAAAGAGCUGAAAAUAGAAGAUAUCUUCAUUGGUUACCAUAGGGACUCAUGCUCAGCAAUUAUACUUGAUGUUUCACAGACUUAUCAAAAUGCAGAGGAUAUUGAGCUUUUAGAAGCCGGCAAGUUGCUGUUACUAUGGUGUGCCACGCCUGAGAGUGUUGAGCGGAGUAACAAAUUAGAUGAAAGUCAGCGACGGAGGUUUCAGAAAUACUAUUACGAACGACAAGCACAUGUUAGCCUUGUUUCGUACCUGAAGUUGAAGAAGGAGAAAUGCAGACGGAUUUUUGCACAGGUGACAACUCACAGCAAGCUACUGGCCUCAAUUCAUAAAAAAGUUAUCAGCUUGGAAAUUGGCAUAGAUGUUGACAGAAUAUUCCUCCUGGAAACAUUAUCAUCCUUUGACACAGAGCAACAAUUUACAAACAGAGUUCAGCAGCACUUGGAAAGAGCUGGAACAGACGAGAGUUUGAUGUUGAUACAAUGUGAUUCCGGUGAUGUUAAUGCAAACCUGAUAGCUUGUGCCCGAUACAUUGUAAUGGAUGAAUACGAAAAGGCACGGAAAAAGUUACGAGCUCCAGUACACGCAGUCUUCAUUGUACAAUUACCCCGAAAAGCAGGUGGAUGCUUUACAGGAUUUCAGUGCGGCCGGUGGCAUUCAGCCCACAUAGAUGAUUUAUGUCCGGAGAGUACCCAGAUGCCGGAUAUUCAAUACCUGCAGGGUAAAACUGUCAGUAGUAUUUUCCACAACGUGGGCGAGAAACAAAGUCACCAUGACGAAAUAGAGGGGGAACAAGGAGAAGAAAUGGACCGGACUGAUAACAGAACAAGUGGCACUCAAAUGCCUGGCAAAGAAAGAGGGAUUGGUGAGGGGGGAAAUAUGGAUGUGGAUGAAAUGGACAUUGACGUUGAGUUUAACAUACAAAUGCUGGAAGUCGACAGAGAACAGAAAAAACAAGACGUUAUAAAGCUUCAUGGGCUGAUCAUGCAGUGUGUUCAGUCGGCCCUGGCGAUGGUCAAAGACAAGAAAGGCUACACACAAAGAGAAACACGGAGAGUUGAUAUCGUAAUGAAAUGUUUAAGAAAUGCCAAGAACUUGGAACAGGGGGUGGACACUUUCUUAACAGGGUUGCAAAGACUGAUUGGCCAGUUGUUGAAGGAGAAAGAGGAGAAAAAGGGAGGAAAGUACAUUGCUCAGUUGUGGAUGACACGUGAGGCCGCAGCACCCGAAAACAUCAACAAGGCUGGCACAUUUAGGAGGUCAUGUCAUCAGACGAUUAUCUCUAAAGUGUCCCCAAUCUUGGCUGGUAUUAUUGCGUACCUGGAUACUAACAGGAAUCUUGAUCUCAUACACAGUGAUGUAUGGUGGAAACGGACUUUGUGGACGUCGGUCCUCAAUACAGAAGGAGCAAUUAAAAUACAGUACUCAGAUCUCCAAUCUCCAAAGAGACGCAGUGACCUUGGUGAGAUGCUUGUCAUGACGACUGGCUUUCAAGGUCACAUGUUCUCCGCCUGUCUGCCCUUCUCCUGGAUGAUGAAAGAGAUGAUUGCGGACAUACUGCAUGACAUUUUACCGUCUGAUGAAGAAUAUGAGGAUGAACAAAGCAGAGAAGUGGAUGAGCAAAGUAGAAAAGUAGCGUCAUGUGCAAAGAUCGUUUCUGCUAGUCAAAUGGGGAAGAUACUGAAUCAACUGGUAAAUGGAAUCCAGGGAAAACGUGUAGAACAAAAGCAUGCCUUCGUUUUUGAAUUCGUACAUGAAUACAUACAGGACUUUGUGCAAAUGAUGUAUUAUCCUGGACGUGAAGAUGAAUUAAAACUUGUAUGUCAGACAGUGCAAAACAAGACAAUGAAAAUUUGUGAGGCUACAAAUUCUAUGGGAUGCCUGAUCCAAACUCUGACUUGUGUACACAUUGCAUAUGAGAUUCUCGCACUGAGACUUACCUACUUGAGAAGCAUAAAUGGCGUGUGGCCACAUUGUAGUUCGGCCAUACUUGAUAUCCAGAAAAGAAACCCGGAUCAUUUCAUGUUCAAGGAACAAGAGUUGUCGUUUUCUGCGUUGUGUCUGUUGAUUGAGGAUUUGAAUCCAAAACUUCAAGAAUUAAACGAAGAAGUACAGAGAGAAAAGUGGCUCCAUAAAGUCCAUUUGUAUAGACCUGUGGUCGAGAAAGUGCUAAAUCUGCAUUCAGAAAACCCGGCUUUGUAUGGAAUUCAUAGCGCACAAUCCGUACGCACAGCAAAAUCAACCUGGGCUCGGGUGAUCGUAACAAAACUUUUCAUUGAGCAUGUGUGCAAAAGGAAUACAAGAGAAUCAGUCACAAUCAAAUAUUGCAUGCCACUUUGGAAAAUUUUGAGCGAAGAAGUCGAUAUGAAAGAACAAAAAUCUCUCGAAGGUGUUGAGAAGUUCCUAAAAAUGUGCAACCAACAAGCUCUGAAGUUGUUUUAUGGAACGGAAAUUGCUUGCUGUGCUUGUGAAAAGAAGCUACAAGGUGCACCGGUUACUUUACCUUGCAAUGACAAAGAUGUAAUUUGUGACUCCUGCCUUCGAGAAAUGAAAGCUCUCGACCAGGAUGAAUGCCCAAAAUGUCAUGAAAAUCUAGGGCUACAAUGGCAACCAAUGCAGAGCGAAAAGAACAGCAAACAAAGAGAGCAGCUUAUUCAAUAUCAGAAGAGGUGUAACGCUUUCUUCAUGGACGUUAUUGCUCAACUCUGCUUCGCUGACGGACUACCACCAUCAAAGAAUGUGUUGGAGAAGUUGCUUGGUUACGUCACUUGCUUCGCAAGAGAUGGCCAACUGCGAUUUACAAAGAACCUGACUAUUUUUGAGACCGGACUUGACCCUAACCCAAUCUUUAGGUCCUUCCUUCUACAGUUGAUGCUGAAAUCAAGUGAAGAGGAGUUUGUGAAGAAAAGUCUUAGAAGAUACAUCGAGCAAGCUCAUGAAAUCAUCCGAAAGGAGCCCGCUCUAGAACAGAACCUGUUGGAGCUGAGUCUACUUAUCAUACAGUGUUUAGAGGAUACAAUGCUCCAACAAUGGCAUAAACAAGAUGUGCAUGGUUGGUCUUAUAUUAUCCAUCUCUUGGAAACUGCUAGAGAUGGUCUGGUUGAUGAACAAAUAGAUCAACUGUAUGGUAUCGCAAGAACACGUGUUGGACUUUCACAAGCUGCAAGGGUGAUUGCGGACAUAGUAAAUGCUGGAACUGAGCUUCGGACACUUGCUACCGAACAGCGAAAUGUUAUCGACUCUGCAAAACGACUUUGCUCAGUUUCUCGGUUGAAAUGGCCAAGGAUAUUUCUUGUGAAACACUUGUGUCGCUGUUAUGGUAUUGACGUAUACCAGUCCCUGUGCAAACGUCGUACCACAUUGCUGAGUUGGAUCGUGAUUGAGGAGUUGGAAAGAGAUCAGACUCAGGAAGUAUCAGACCGGUACGUUGUGUGUGAAGAAGAUUAUGUUCAGAUCAGGGAGGCUCUGUCACAAGUUAUCCUUGGAGAAGACAUCAGCACACUAGAAUAUGAAGUACAGGAGCUGCGCACAACAGGAGGUCGUGUUGAUACAUGUCUACAGCUAGCUGUGCAUAGAGAGAUAACCUGCUCAUAUGUCCGCUCAGUAGCGAAUAGAACGGCCAACACAGAGUCGCUCAAAAAGAUAGCAGCGUUUCUUGGGACAACAGAAAAUCAACGAAAUAAGUUGCUGUUGAAACAAAUGAUGAAUAACACACUAGAACCCGGACAACUGGUGACAGUUCAAGGCUCUGAUACAAGACGACAAGGCGUACAAUGCUUGAUCGUACAUUUCAUGACGGUGUUGGCACAACUGAAUGGAGACAGAACCCUUCUCCAUCUUUUUCUUGCAAUGAUUCGAGGGGAUCCGGCCAUACGGGGUAUGUUUUUGCCGACAAUGCUACAAGAUGAUUUUACUGAAGUCCAGGAAGCUAUGCUUGGUAGUCGUGGUGGAGAAAAUCCAGUCUUCUAUCGUUGUCCAAAUGGACAUCCAUAUGUGAUUGGAAAUUGUGGCAGACCAUAUCAUGUUGCGAAAUGUAAAGAUUGCGGUGCUGAUAUUGGCGGUCAAGGUCAUCAGGCUUUACCAGGGAAUGUUAAACAUGCCGGCGGAGACAACACACUUCGCGGUCACAUUUUGGGCCGGGCAGUGCGAAAUGCACCUCUACGACCAGAGAGGGAGCUGUCAGCUCUACACUGCUGUGUUAUCCGAUUACUCCUACACAUGUCCAUGUUCCUUGGGCCGUCAGAACAGAUUGUUAAGAUUGUCCGUUCCGACAUUGAGGAAGACAAUAUCCGGCAGUUUUCCUGGGAGCACAUUGAAGCCAACAUUCACGACCUACAGAGAGCCCUUGGCAGGAGUGUGGAUGACGUCCUAGUUCUCCUGCAUUAUGUCAUCAAGAAUAUCAUGGUCAAACAUUCCCAAGGCCACACUCUUAAUGGAGACAUAUAUCUUCUCCAAACAAAACAAGGGAGACAAGCAUGGGAGAAACAGUUCGCUAACGUUUUCUUGCAGGACGUUUUCCAGAAACUUGAUCACCACCUGAAGCAUUUUAACCAAGUAAUUGCUACUGAUCAGCGACUAGGUUCCAAUCCCUUAAUGUGCAUUCUGUAUGAGACUGAUAAACAGCAACAGGCCGAGGAUCCCCGGCGGCUUGUGGAAAAUUCGCGUGUAUGGAGAUACAGAACGCCGAUAUCAAUAGAACAUAUGCGACAAGACCUGGAAACUAGAAAACCCACGGGGAAGGACAGACUUUUAGUGCUGAGACUGUUCUUGAAGCAGGACCACAUUCUACAGGCCAUUCAAUCCAUUCCAAGCAUUCUUAGUCUUCAGAGGAUAUUGCUGCAGAAAUUCCAAAGGAAACUAGACAAAGCUGAAGCUAACACUAUCCUAGUCAAAGACAUGAUAAAAGAGCAACUUGCUGGCCCGGACACUGAGAAGUUGUUGCAAGACUUUGGUCAUGCUUGGGAUAUAACUCGCAAACUACUUGAACUCUAUGUCUGCACAACAGAAUUUGGAAGCAUUGUUGUCCCAAAAAAUCAAUGUGCUAACCCAAUUUCCGCGGAAACGCCUUUGUCAGUUUUUCUCCCAACAAGCACAGAAAAUGGACUCUGCUCAUAUGCAAUGCUGGAUUUGUUGUUUAGAAAACAAAACGAAUUUUUGGACGGCUAUAUGAAGGAAUCCGAAAGGAGCACUUCCAUCGAGACAGUGACCCCACAGCAGGCAACGUCGGCCCACCUGAUCAGUUACAACCACGAGCAGGAUAUCCUACCCCUCGUCCUAGCCAACUGCCGGUACACGUUUGAGAUGGGUAAGGGUACAAAGAUAAAGUACGACUUUGCCGGGCUGGAAAGUCAGAUCAUGGACAGGUUUCUCUUCUCAAAAUCCAGAAUAGACAUUGGAAAUUACUUACAGAUUGACCAAAUGGUAUAUCGGACAGAGUUUACAAAUGCUGCUGUUUUCGAAAUAUUGGAAGAAAAAAUUCCACAGCGAGCACUUGGAAUAGCUGUAAAGAAGCAGAUAAGCGAAGAGAUCAAGAGUCUACCAGACUUGUGCCGAUUUUUGGACAACCUCGAUAUAGCAAUCAGUUUCCUCAAAACUACAGGCGGAAACCAGUCUGAAAACAUGAACACCUUCAUGGUUGAGACACUGCAGAUGGAACACGCAAUGACGAGUCAGAAGGCUCAACAGUCGUGUGAGUUCCAGCAUGCCAAGUCUCUGUGGUUACUUUUGUCAUACUUGAAGUCCAAGUUUAUGGUCGACAAUUUCCAUUCAAAACAGGAAGUGUUUGAGACUCUGCUGGAGCCGUACCAUGACGAGCUGUCCGAAGAGCUGCAUAAGUCAUUCGGAGUCUACAUGAAAACUCUGAGUGUUGAUAAGCUUUCUAGCAUUCUAGAAAUAUUGCACGAAUUCAUGCUUCUACGGAUUGCCAGACGUGAAAACACCAGUGACGAGGAUUACAUUGACAAUAUUGAGAACAGGCUUGGUGAAGAACUUCUAGCCUUUGUAGAACUAAUGGAGACUCCAUGCAUAGACACGGUAGAUCUAGCAGAAUUCCCAAAGGAAAUACACUUUAAACAAAGCGUGUGCUCAUGGAUUAUGGCAUAUCAAACCCUUCGGAAGAGAAUGGUACGAAAGAGACAUUAAUAAAAAUAGUGCAAAUGAGUUGCACAUGGAACAUUACAGAUCAAAGACUUUUUGUGCCUUAUAUGAUUCUUGUGAUUAGAAAGCGGUACACACAUGUUGAAAAAUGUUGCAUUGUCAUUGUUUUUAAAUACUAGAUAUGAGAUGAUAAUGAAUACUGUAUAUGCCAUAAUAAUGUCUAACAAUAUACUUUUGGAUGAAUUUAUAUAAACAACAUUAUAUCUGUUUUGUGUUAUUUUGUAUUUCUAUAAAUCAUUUUGUUUGAUGGUGCAUGGUUGUUUGUUUCGUGCUAAGAUAUCUUUGAUUGAUUUUAUGUCAUAUAAAAGUGUUGCUGAUUUUAAGGAUUUAGUUAUUGCUUUUGAAAUUGAGAUGUAUUCUCGAAGUGUGUCUUCCCUUCUCUCAACAAAACCAGAAUCCAUGGCUAUGGAUUUGGUUUGGACUUCUGUGAAUAGGUGCUAGGUUUGCUAAGGAGUAUUUUAAACAAUUUCAGUAAACUUAAAGAUAACUGUUUUUUUUAGUUUAAACCAAUUGUUGUUGUUUUUGUAUAUAGAUAUAUUAUGUGCCACAGAGUUGAACGCGUGUGUCUACAAACCAGUUUCUUGAAUUCCAAAAGCCAUUAUGACACUAUUCUUUAUAUGCAUGAACAUUUCUUUGUUUCUUGAUUAAUCGUUUGUUUACUUAUACUGAAAAGUUUGUGUUUUUUAUAGUCCCAUUAUUUCUAAAUGUAUGUACAUAUUACAGAUAAAGAUGUUAUAAUUGUCAUUAGACCAAUCUCAUUAAAAUCAUAUCGUGACAUUCACUUCAUUUCAUUACGUUAUGUAAUAGCGUAACGUCGUGAAGCGUGUAUAGGGGGUCUGAUUUUAAUGAGAUUGUCAUUAGACCAAAGCAUAGUUUUGCCUCUUUUUCUAUUCCGCAUUUGAAUUUAAUCACUGAUCAUACUCAAAUUACGGCCCAGAGGUCUUUGCUCAAUAAUGUGCAUGUAGCUUGGGAGCUCCCAGUUUUAAGUGCGUGAGGGCGCGUUUAUGUGAAUAAUAUAGGUGCGUGUGCGCGAUAUUGAGCAAUGAUGUAUUUUUAAGAAUUCUGUUUCGCUUGAAUGAUUAUGGGCUGUUGUAUUGAUUCAACUUAAAACCCAUUAGAUGUAGAUUCAGAUAUGUCUGUACGUGUAUGCUACUUUGAACUAGUUUUGUUACUUUCCCAUUAGUAUAAUUUUCUUAAAUUUAGUAGUAUGAGAUCAGUGUGUGACAUUGUUUCUAUUUGCUGUCACUUUGCUUGUUUCAAAAACACACGUUGAUUACAAAUAUCAAUCUAUAGGUAUAAGUUGUGUUAAAUAGGUUGUUGUUGUUGGGUUUUAUGUUGCAUUUAAACAGUUUUUAAUUUUUAGUCUAAAUGUGCAUGUUCUUUUUAUUUCUGUAAAAGUAUUAAUCUUCGUAAAUGAAUUUAUCGGUUUCGUGUUAAGUGAUAUUGCAAUAUUUCAACAGAGAUGUGUGCAAACAUGUUUUUAAUAUGCUUACUAAUGGGAAUGGAAGUAAGGCAGUUGAUAAUAAUCAUACAGUGAUUUGUACGAUGUGCACCAUGUAUAAUUUGUGUUAUUUAAUUUUAUCUUAGAAACUGUUGAAGAGGCAGUUCUAAUCCUAACAUUCUGCAAGUCUACAUAAAAGUAGUAUACAAUAACGCGUGAGUACAUUUGCUAGAUACGUACUCAAAUAUUUUACUUGCAUGUUUCAUGUUAUUACUGUUCACGGAUACAUUGUUGUCAAUAUAUAUUAUGUUUAGUUCAUUAUAUAAAGAUGCGUUGAAUUUAUGUGCACGUUUAAUAUGUCAUUGUUUCAUGUAUUAUAUUUUAAUGUUUUAACUACACAUACUAUUGGCGUACCUACAAGGGAGUACCCAAUGUUAUGCAUUGGACGGAUGCCCUUUAACUAUAUUUCAUUAUCCAAUAUAAUAAUAUAUAUAUUUUAAAUGAAGCCAGAAGUUUUUCAUUUUAAUUGUGCUUAAAAAAUCUGUAGGAACUUGUUUUACAGUUUUGGAAAUUACAUGAGCUGUAUAUCUGCAGAUACAUUUAUUGUUAAACGUAAAUGAUAAUACAGAACGUUGCUUAAUUAUAAACAAUUUUGUUAUUAUGUAAAGAUUACAGAAUUAAAUGUUAUCACUCUAAUUGGACCAAUACAUAAUUUUGCCACUUUUUCCUAUACCACAUCUUGAUUUCCUCACUGACCAUAUCCAAAAUACGGUUCUGAGGUUUUUGCUCAAUAAUAUGCAUGUAGCUUGGGAGCUCCCAGUUUUAAGUGCGUGAGGGCGCGUUUAUAUUUGCAAUAUAAGUGCGUGUGAGUGAUAUUGACCAAUGAUGUAUUUUGAAGAAUUAUGUUACGCUUGAAUGAUUAUGGGCUGUUGUAUUGAUUCAACUUAAUACCCAUUAGAUGUAGAUUCAGAUAUGUCUGUAUGUGUAUGCUACUUUGAACUAUUUUUGUUACUUUCCAUUUUGUAUAUAUUUUUCUAAAUUAACCAGUAUGAGAUCAGUUUGUGACAUUGUUUCUAAUUGCUGUCACAAUGCUUGUCUCAAAAACACACGUUGAUAAUAAAGAGCAUACUGUAGUAGUUAUAAUUUGUGUUAAAUAUGUUGUUAUUGGAGUUUAUGUCGCAUUUAAACAGUUUUUAAUUUUUAAUUUAAAUGUGAAUGUUCUUUUAAUUUAUGUAAUAAUAUUAUCUUCGUAAACGAAUUUAUUUCUUUCGUGUUAUGUGAUAUUGUAAUUAUUCCACAGAGAUGUGUGCAAACAUGUUUUUAUUAUGCUUACUAUUGGGAAUGGAAGUAAGGCAGUUGAUGGUAAUCAUACAGUGAUUUGUACGACGUGUACACCAUGUAUUAUUUGUGUUAUUCAAUUUUAUCUUAGAAACUGUUGAAGAGGCAGUUCUAAUCCUAACAUUCUGCAAGUCUGCAUAAAAGUAUUAUACAAUAACGCGUGAGUACAUUUGCUAGAUACGUACUCAAAUAUUUUACUUGCAUGUUUCAUGUUAUUACUGUUCACGGAUACAUUGUUGUCAAUAUAUAUUAUGUUUUGUUCAUUAUAUAAAGAUGCGUAGAAUUUAUGUGCACGUUUAAUAUGUAAUUGUUUCAUGUAUUAUAUUUUAAUGUUUUAACUACACAUACUAUUGACGUACCUACAAGGGAGUACCCAAUGUUAUGCAUUGGACGGAUGCCCUUUAACUGUAAUUAUCCAAUUUAAUAAUGUAUAUAUGUUAAAUGAACAAGAAGUUUUUUGAUUUUAAUUGUGCUUGAAAAAAUCUGUAGGAACUUGUUUGACAGUUUAAAAAAUACAUGAGCUGUAUAUCUGCAGAUUUAUUGAUAAACGUAAAUGAUAAUACAGAACGAUGCUUUAAUGAUAUACAGUUUUGUUAUUAUGUUUAUAUGAGCAAAAACUAUUCAUGCAUGUUUGUUAUCAUGCUUCUAUAUAAUAUUAUUUAAGCUCCAUUAAGCUUUGUUUAUUCAGUUGGAUUUGUUUGAGUUUUGUUAUAACUUACAUGUCUGUUUUAUUGAAUGCAUACACACCCUUUUGUUUGUUUGUUUUGAGGGGAAAACAGGUAUGAAUGCCGAAUGUUUGCUUCAUGUUUUAAUAAACCAGAUACGUUCAG